AUGAGAAUUGAUGGAGGGGCAGCAGCAAAAGAAGCAGCAAUAGAGGCCCCGGCGGCAGGUGUAUCGGCAGCAGCAGCAGCAGCUGCUGCUGCUGCUGCUUGCCGCGGCGGAAGAUUCAUGAAGCCCCCAACAUCGCCGCCUGCUGCUGCAGCUGCUGCAGCAGCUUCUCCCGUUGCAGCAGCAGCAGCAGCAGCAGCAGCUAGUUCAGCUACUGCUGCUCCCCCGCCUGCUUCCCCUGUUGCUGCAGGAGAAGCAGCUGAUUCUGCUGCAGCAGCAGAAGCAGCUGAUUCUGCAGCAGCAGCAGAAGCAGCUAGUUCUGCUGCUGCAGCAGAAGCAGCAAGUUCUGCUGCUGCAGCAGAAGCUGCGAGCUCGGACUCCGAGUGGACGGACUUGUCUUCAGUCACAAGCGAGAGCAGCAGCAGCAGCAGCAGCAGCAGCAGCCGCAGCAAGGGCUGCAGCAGCAGCAAGCAGCAGCAGCGCAGCAAAAGGCACAUCAGCAGCAGGUUCGCAUGGAGCUGCCUCAACUCAGUUUCUGCUGCUGCAGACAGCCCUGCGAGCAGCAGCAACAGCAGCCCGACAGGAGCAGCAGCAGAAGCAGCAGCAGCAGCAGAAGCAGCAGCAGCAGCAGCUGCUGCUGCUGCAGGACCCUGUGCAGUGCUGAACCCGAUUGACUACGGCUUUGGGCCCUACAGCUGGUCCCCGGACCGCCUGUCGACAGCAGCAGCAGCAGCACCCGCAGCAGCAGCAGCAGCAGCAGCAGCAGCAGCAGCAGCAGCAGAAUCCGAUGCAGAGUCCUUGUGGGGAGACUACGAAACCAACAGCUGGGGCCUCGACUUGGACUCGCUGCUGUCGGAUGCAGCAGCAGAAGCAGAAAUGGAAAUUGCUGCAGCACAAGGCCUCAACGUGCCCCUUCCAAACAUCCUGGGGUUUGGGGGGUUCGCUCGUUCUUUCGCCGCUAAGUGCUUCCGUUUCAUUUUGCAUGGAGUUUGUGAGCAGCAGCAGCAGCAGCAGACUUCGUCUAUUUCAUCAAGUGAUUCUCCUAAUGCUGCUGCUGCUGCUGCUGCUGCUGCUGCUGCUGCUGCUGCUGUGGUCUGCUGCUGCUGCUGCUGCUGCUGCUGCUGCUGUGGUCUGCUGCUGCUACUGCUGCUGAUUCUGCCGGCACUGCUAUCGCUUCUGUUGCUGUUGCUGCUGCUACUACUGCCGCUGCUGCUGCUGCGCCUGUCCCUGCUGCUCCCGCUUCGCUGCUGCUGCUGCUGCUACUGCUGCUGCUGCUGCUACUGCUGCUGCUGCUACUGCUGCUGCUGCUGCUACUGCUGCUGCUGCUGCUGCUGCUGCUGCUGCUGCUUGUUUGCAGCAGCAGAAGAAGACUGCUGGGCUGCGGUGGUCCGCGAAAUGAUGCAGACGAUGAAUGUGCGGGAUUGGCGUCUUUACUUUGCAUUGAGGGUAAAUAAAAAUAAAUAA